AUGCAACUGCACUCGUUCUUCGAACAUCCAACAACGCGAAAGGCGCCGCUCAACCCACCGAGCGGCCAAGCGAAGAUGGAUCCGACCUACAUCCCUCAACAGGCAGAUCAAUCGUUCCCCAACAGCGAGCUCCAAGGCGGCGGUACAGCUCUCUCAGCAGCGAACACAACUAGUCGCACGCAACAGGAGCAAGGACAGACUUCCACCGACAUGUCGACAGGCCUCAUGGACUUGCCUGCCGAGAUUCGCAAUGCCAUCCUCGCCGACGCCUAUACCGUGUGCGACUCCAACGGCGACCGCAAGCCUAUCACUAUGCGCACUCUCUUGCUCGGUCACAAACCCAUCCUCACCAGCAUGAUUGUCUCGAAACAGUUCCACGCCGAAGCCGCUCCCCUCUUCUGGGGCAACAACCUCUUCGUCAUCGACUCAUCGAGCAGAACGAUGCGGACACCACCUCCUCCAAAACUCAUAGCUUGGACGCGAACGGCUUCAUCAAGACCGGCAAGUACGUCUUCUUCGGCGGUAUCGCGGCGCGUACCUCUCUUCAAAUCAGGUACUUCACAGUCAGUCAACCAACGCGCAUCAACGGCGUGACGAGGAUCCCUGGAAUCGCGAUCUUGCUUCCUCCACAACAGUAUCGCCAUCUGAUUAAGAGGAUCACGCUGCGCGUCUCACCAAUAACAAGGGAUGCAGGGAUAGCGGAAGCCGGUUUCUUGGGCAGACGUUGGGCUGUGCGGCGCCUCUCCGAGCUGGGUUUCCGGGAUCUGGAGACUGUGACAUUCAAUUUCAUCUACGAGGAGCCAAACUUGAUCUGCGAGAAGGACUACCAGGACUACGUGGACGCCUCGGAAAUCGAUUCCAAGGAGGUCAAGGUGGAGUUCCUGCGGACGCGCUGA